AGGAGUCGGCAGCUGGCGCCAGCGCGGCCGGACGAUGUCGAGCGGCCGGAGCCGGGCGGGCCCGAGGCCGAGGCGCACGCCGUCCUCCGCCCCUGCCCCUUGAGCUGCGGCCUCUGCACGCGCCGUCCCGGGGCGUAGCGGUGCUCCCUGCUUUGCCCGUGCCUCCUCACCUCGCGGUGCAGCGUGCGGUCGCCACCGUCCCGUCCAGACCCCGAGUCACCGCCGCGGGCCAUGGAGGUAGCGCCGGAGCAGCCUCGCUGGAUGGCGCACCCUGCGGUGCUGAACGCGCAGCACCCCGACUCCCACCACCCAGGCCUGGCGCACAACUAUAUGGAGCCAGCGCAGCUGCUGCCCCCGGACGAGGUUGACGUCUUCUUCAACCACCUGGACUCGCAGGGCAACCCCUACUACGCCAACCCGGCCCACGCGCGGGCGCGCGUCUCCUACAGCCCCGCGCAUGCCCGUCUGACUGGAGGGCAGAUGUGCCGGCCACACUUGUUGCAUAGUCCUGGCCUACCCUGGCUGGAUGGGGGAAAGGCCGCCCUCUCGGCUGCUGCAGCGCACCACCACAACCCCUGGACCGUGAGCCCCUUCUCUAAGACAACGCUGCACCCCUCGGCUGCUGGGGGCCCUGGAGGGCCUCUCUCCGUGUACCCCGGAGCUGCAGGUGGCAGUGGAGGAGGCAGCGCGAGCUCAGUAGCCUCCCUCACCCCCUCGGCAGCCCACUCUGGUUCUCAUCUCUUCGGCUUCCCACCCACACCACCCAAAGAAGUGUCCCCCGACCCCAGUGCCACGGGGGCCGCCUCCCCGGCCUCCUCUUCUGCCGGGGGUAGUGCGGCCAGGGUAGAGGACAAGGACGGUAUCAAGUACCAAGUGUCACUGACCGAGAGCAUGAAGCUGGAAGGCGGCAGUCCCCUGCGCCCAGGCCUGGCCGCCAUGGGCACUCAGCCUGCCACCCACCACCCCAUCCCCACCUACCCCUCCUAUGUGCCCGCUGCCGCCCACGACUACGGCAGCGGACUCUUCCACCCAGGGGGCUUCCUGGGUGGCCCGGCCUCCAGCUUCACCCCGAAACAGCGCAGCAAGACUCGCUCCUGCUCAGAAGGUCGAGAGUGUGUCAACUGUGGGGCCACAGCUACCCCUCUGUGGCGGCGGGACGGCACUGGCCACUACCUGUGCAAUGCCUGCGGCCUCUACCACAAGAUGAACGGGCAGAACCGGCCGCUUAUCAAGCCCAAGCGGAGGCUGUCGGCAGCCAGGAGAGCGGGCACCUGCUGUGCGAAUUGUCAGACGACAACCACCACCUUAUGGCGCCGCAACGCCAAUGGGGACCCGGUCUGCAACGCCUGUGGGCUCUACUACAAGCUGCAUAAUGUUAACAGGCCCCUGACUAUGAAGAAGGAAGGCAUCCAGACCCGGAACAGGAAGAUGUCCAACAAGUCCAAGAAGAGCAAGAAAGGGGCUGAGUGCUUCGAGGAGCUGUCCAAGUGCAUGCAGGAGAAGUCAUCACCCUUCAGCGCAGCCGCCCUGGCCGGACACAUGGCCCCUGUGGGCCACCUCCCACCUUUCAGCCACUCGGGACACAUCCUGCCCACGCCGACACCCAUCCAUCCGUCCUCCAGCCUCUCCUUUGGCCACCCCCACCCAUCCAGCAUGGUGACUGCCAUGGGCUAGGGACAGCGUCCUGCUGCACAGACAGAUAGAUGUCCAGGAGGGAGGCGCUCCCAGGACCGGUGGACCAUGCCCUGGGUGGCCACCCUUCCCUGGAGACUGACGCCAUUCCUGCCAGCCCGGCCAGAGCUCAGAGCCACCUCCGCCUCCUCCACGGCUCCAAAGCGCAGCAGCAGCAGCAAGAGCUGCAGCGGCAGCCUGCCGGCCUUUACUGUGAAUAUUCUCAACUUGGCCAGAGGCCACCCCCACCACAUCCCCUGCCCGGGUGGGGUCCCUUCAUGGACGAUUGUCUGCAGAGCAAAUGGGGACAACUUCAUGGCGAGAAAUGGAGGGGUAAGGGAAAAGACAAAUACAACCAUUUUUUGAAGGAAAAAGAAGUAGGCAAAGAUAAUUUAUUUUGCUCUUGUUUCUAACGGACUCAGAGACUGGGAGGUCUGGGGUGUCCCACACUAUGGGGUUCUUCCUUGGGCCCAUGGCCACACGACCUGUCCGCUUGGCUUGCAGAGCUCUUCAGGGCAGGUCUGCAGGCACGUCCCCCACACCUCCUCCACCGCCUUCCCUCUGUGAAACCACUCAGCUCCAGGCUGGGCCAAGCCAAGGCUGGAGAGGCCGCGUCUAGCUGGGGCCAGUGAGCCGGUGUGCCUUGGCGGCCUGGGCCUGGAGGGCAGAGACAAUCGCGGGCGGUCCUGCGCAGAUUCCCAGGCCAGGGCUGGGUCACAGGAAGGAAACAACAUUUUCUUGAAAGGGGAAACGUCUCCCAGAUCGCUCCCUGGGCUUUGAGGCCAAAGCAGUGUGACCUGUAUGCCUCUAACGGGCCAAAGCCACAGCCCGAAUUCUCUGCCAGGCGGACCCCUGUACAUACAUCCUUUUUCUGCUCCCCCUCGACUCCUUCCCUCCCACUCUGAGACAAACAAGAAAAUACUCAAAACAAAACUGUAUAAGCUUCACUUGUUGAUGAGUUGGUUAUUUUUAUUUUUAAACUCUUCCUGGGUCCAGUUAAUUGUCUGUUGCCACAGAAGCCCUACUAUGGGAAAGAAUAAAUCCAAUGAACUAAGGUUGGCGCUUUGCAAUUCUUUUUGGAGAUGUUCUUGGACCCCACGGCCCUAGCAGGAGAGCUGGGGGUGGGGCCGGGGCUUGGCUGCUCUUGGUUUCCAGGACCCAGCGGGCUGGUGGGUGGUGGCAGGAUUGGGGGUCAGUGCCUAGACAGGUGGGAUGUCCCGCUGGAUUCCUGCGCUUCUGCUCCGCUGUGGCUGUGUGGAUCCUUCCAAGGUACAGCUGUACAUAAAUGUGUCCUGAGCUUAGAUUCUGUGUGCAGUGGUGGUGGGGUGCAGUGGCCGGCGAGGGGGUCCCCCAGCCGAGGAAGACGAUUGUGCUGAUUUAGUUGACCAAGUGCAAUAGGGACCGCCAAUUGCUGCGGGGAGCACCACAGCCGGAAGUAACUUAUUUUGUACUAGUGUCAGCAAAAGAAAAAGAAGCAGCAGUAUUUUCUGUUUUAUUUGGCUUGUUUUAUUUUUGAUUAGUGAACUAAGUUAUUGUUAAUUAUGUACAACAUUUAUAUAUUGUCUGUAAAAAUUGUAUGCUAUCCUCCUAUUCCUUUAAAGUGAAUACUGUUAAGAAUAAUAAAAUACUUUUUGUGAA